CUAGACCUCGAGCCUUAACAUUGCAAGUACGUUAUAUAUAGGGCUCAUUGUCAGGUAUGUGCCGAAUCCGCCGACUCCACUCCGUCAAAUGGAGUCAGUAUUUCAUACAAGGCUAUGGGCUAAAGAGAGAGCCUCAUUCAUUAAUCAGGUAGACCACAUUAUAGGGAAGCUUUUUUAAAAAAUGUUAAAAAGUAUACGGAGGCUUUUUUGUUUUUUUUAAAGGAAAUAUAAGGGAGAGUUAUUUUCUUGGAAUGGCCAUACCUUUGGGCGAUUUCGAUAAAAAUCUCAAAGAAUAAUCCUCUCAAUCAUUUAAUCAUCUGAUGUAAAAUCUUUCUUUCGGGGGAACUAAUAUAGAACAAGCCAAGCAACUCCCUUUGAUCUACCCUCAGUCGUGCUAGCCAGCCAUCCUCUACACCUACUACAUGUUCGAUGGAAUUCUCCAACGAAAGGACGGUUUUUCACGGACUUCUCUCAUCUCGAGUCUCUCCCAGCAUAGAUGUAGCAGCGAGCAAGCUCUAUUCCUAGCCUCUCGCAUGCGCAGCUCGGGCUUUAAACUUAAUAGCUAUUCCUUGGUCUGCCUGAUUCGAGCUUUGUCGAAUUUGGGGUGGAUUUCGUACGCCCAGCAGCUGCACUCGUACAUUUUAAAAUCAGGAUUUCAUUCUAAUGUCUUCGUUGCAACUGCCCUCCUCGGUGUGUAUGUGAAAUGGGGGUUCCUUGAUCAUGCGCACUGUUUGUUUGGUGAAAUUCCUCAGCCAAAUGUAGUUUCUUGGAAUUCUCUGAUCUAUGGCUAUGCACAAAGUGGGGAGUGUCUGAAGGCAUUAGGAUUGGUUUCUGAGUUGGCCCGGUCAUCUCUACGGCCAGAUGUUUUCACCUUCACAGCAGCGUUGACUGCCUGCACCCAACCGUCUUUUUUGGAUUUGGCUCGUUCGGUCCACUGCAAGAUCAUAAAAUUCGGUUUCGAAUCAAGCAUUAUAGCUGGGAACUGUUUGAUUGACAUGUAUGGAAAAUGUGGGUCCGUAUGCGAUGCGAUUCUAGAGUUUCACUUGAUGAAAGAUAAGGACAUAGUCUCUUGGAAUUCCAUCAUAGGAGCGAAUGCCCAAAAUCAAAGAGUUGCUGAUGCUCUUGACCUCUUCCAUCAAAUGCCAGUUCCAGACACUAUCUCUUACAAUGAAGUGAUCAGUUGCCUUGCACAAGUCGGAAACAUGGAAGAUGCACUAAAGAUUCUAUCUGAAAUGCCAAAUCCAAACUCAUCGUCUUGGAAUUCAGUAAUAGCUGGAUAUGUAAAACAGAACCGAGUACAAGAAGCAUUGGAUUUCUUCAGUAAGAUGCACUCGGCAGGCAUUACGAAAGAUCAGUUCACAUUUUCUAGCAUUAUAAGGGGAGCUGCGUGCCUAUCUGCACUAAAUUGGGGUGCAUUGAUCCACUGUUGCACGAUUAAGUCUGGGUGGGAUUCGUGCAUUGUAGUUGGAAGCGCUUUGAUCGACAUGUACUCUAAGUGCGGGCAGAUAAAGAAGGCUGAAAUGGUUUUUGGGUCAUUAACUGGAAGGAAUUUGGUGACUUGGAAUGCUAUGAUUUCAGGAUAUGCACACAAUGGCAACACAAGGGAAGCGCUGUGGAUGUUCAAAGAGAUGAAGACAAUGCGAGGCUUGAAACCCGAUCAUAUCACGUUUGUUGGUGUUUUAUCAGCUUGUGGACACGAUGGACUCUUGGGUGAUGGAAUUCGGUACUUUGAGUCUAUGACCCGCGAAUAUGGGAUCCGUCCAACAGCUGAGCACUGUUCUUGCAUGAUUCAUCUACUAGGUCAAGGAGGAGAGCUGUUAAGGGCACAGAGGAUGAUAUAUGAGUUGGGUUUUGAGUCAUGUGGGUUGGUUUGGAAGGCAUUGCUUACUGCAUGUAGAGCCUGUGGGGACGUGGAGGUUGCCGAGGUUGCCGCUGUGAAAGUCCUUGCAUUGGAAGGAGAUGAUGAGUUUGUUUAUGUACUAAUGUCGAACACGUAUGCAUCUCAUGGGAGGUGGAAUGAUGUGAGUGAUGUUAGGGAGCUGAUGAGAGAAAGAGGAAUGAGGAAAGAAGCUGGCUGCAGCUGGAUUGAGGUGGAAAAUGCGCUGCCAAUUUCAUCAAUCAAGGAAUGAUCAUUUCCUCUUUCAGUACAAAGGGCACACUUGAUUACCAUCAAAAUUCUAUUCGAAUUAGCUAAUCUAAAUGCAUUUCUCCAGCGAAAGCCUGUCUGAGUAAGCUUGUAUAGAUAGACUAUUAUGUUGUACUGAGUACUGUUUGUCGACACCCUGUCUAAACAAGCAUAUAUUGCCCAUGUACA